GCAUCUCUGGCAAGAGCCAGAUCCUGUUCUCCAUCACGUACACGGCGCGUUACCUGGACCUGUUCACGACGUUUGUGUCGCCCUACAACAGCGUGAUGAAGGUGGUGUUCCUGGCCACCUCGUUCGGCACGCUGUACCUCAUGUACGUCAAGUUCAAGGCCACCAACGACCGCAACCACGACACGUUCCGCAUCGAGUUCCUCCUCGUGCCCGUCUGCCUGCUCGCGCUGCUCAUUAACCACGAGUUCACCCCGCUAGAGACACAACCCGGCGGCCACGAGCGUGGGUUUUUCGAAGUGGUGUUCUCCCACGCGACCCUGCUGUUCAGAGACCCCCUGGAGGUGUUGUGGACGUUCUCCAUCUACCUGGAAGCAGUGGCCAUCCUGCCUCAGCUGUUCCUGGUCUCAAAGACGGGCGAGGCCGAGACCAUCACCUCCCACUACUUGUUCUGCCUGGGCUCCUACAGAGGCCUGUACUUGCUCAACUGGGUCUACCGCUACUACACCGAGAACUUCUAUGACCUAAUCGCCAUCGUGGCCGGAGUAGUGCAGACCAUCCUCUACUGCGACUUCUUCUACCUGUAUGUCACGCGAGUCAUCAAGGGAAAGGCGUUAAAACUGCCCGCCUAGAAGCAAGCGAGGCUCCCAGCUGUCCAAAGUGCCGCCGCAGACACCGCCCUUCCCACCUUUUUGAAGAAGGAGCGCGCAAACAACACCCUGGCUGCCGUGGGCGCUUUCUGCAGUCACCCCCUCGGCAGCCGCUGUUCACGGCAGUUCCUUGGAGCCAACAAACAUUCUCUGUUGAUACUUUUUCUUUCCCGUCUGAUGAUGUCGUCGUCGUAACCCACCCAUUUUCUUUCUUCUUUUUUUUUGUUCUCGUCUCAUACGGACUGAAAUUCACACCAGCCCUGUGCUUCCUCGAGUCAAGUCUUUUCUGUUUUCCUUUUUUUUCCCUCUGCCGUGUGUAAACACGUUCAUCUUUAAAAGUAGAAACUCGUGGGACAGGGCUUGCAGAUGGCUGCUUGGAGCAGCACUUGCUCGUCGCCUCGCCUACGAGCGACAGCAACGUGGUGAGUGCCCGGCACAGUGAAGAACUUCUCUACUGAGGGGGCAGAAGCAAACUGACAAUGUUGGAGAAUGUAAGAGUUGGCUGCAGAAGUUUACGGAGCAGUGAUUCCGUAACUAAUACGGAGUCCCAGGUCUGUAACUAAUAUGGAAUCAUUAUCCGUAUCAUGUAAAUGCGGUAUGUGUAUGUACGGAAUCCUUACCCAUAAAAUGUGGCCCUUCUAAUUUGACGCGACAAUGAAUCGGUUGCAGAGCCACUUUACAAGCUGCACAGAACUUUGAAAAUCUGGGUUGCGUGACCUGGCUCUCUCAUAUCUCUGCAAACCGUAAAACAUUUUGCGGCCAACCGUACAUAGGUGUCAUGGAACCCCAGGAACGGUGCUCUGGGCAUCGAGCGAGGUUCUUGGUCUUCCCAAAUGGCUAUUACUACUAGUCUGUUGCCCCCCGGAACACCCACGACGACUUGUCCCAUAGAGAACACCCGCGGAGGCAGAGCAACGACGGACUCGCACGCGGCCAUCUGCAAGCCCUCCAGUUUCCCUCUAGCUGGUAGCCGUAUUAUGAUGCGCAACAAUGUUGCAGUGGCUUUGUUGUGUAGGCUUUCAAAUGCUUGCGUCGUGUUAAGUCUCUUGCCUCGAGAUGAGUGUGUGGAGUGUGACUUUUGCACUUUUGUUUUCUUCUCACCGAGUGAAUGAAAGUUGGUGUUUCAGGAAGGGUCAUGUCAGGGUGGGCCGGUCGACAACUUGUGUACAGUCUCAGCGAAAAUGAAAAAAAAAAAAAAGGUGUUCCUCUCCGUCUCUCUCUUUCUUGACUAUGGGGACAACUUAUCAUUAUCGGUUAUGAGAUUUUUUUUUUUCUUCUUGUAUGUUGAGUGCGUGUUUGAAGGAUGGCGACAGGAAACUGAUUCCAAAGUUGCACGUGUGUGCUCGUCAGUACUACCAGCGUUUGUUAGCUGUAUACCAGAAGUAUAAUCAUAUAUGCAGGAAUAGAUCGGAAAUGGCACAUCGUGCGACGUUUCAGUCUGAACGUGGAUGCGAAAGCGUCGACGGCGUAGGACGGAACUCUCUCAGCCGCCGUCCGAUUUCUAUGGGAUGCAAAGAUUCUCGCACGUCGACAGUCUGGAAAGUGCACUGCAUCUUCAUUUCUAAUUUAAAGAAAGCCCGAAGUCUUGCAUUUCGGCAACUCUUUCAAGCAGCUUUAUUUUGUCCCGAGUUUUUCACAUUGAGUCGAGCCCUUCGUUACAAAAACCGAUGUUUAGCGCGACAGAGGACAUGUACAGUAGCUUCAGUAGCAAUCGCAAAAAACCUGCAACCGGCGCCCUUUGCAUCGUUUCAUUAUUUUUUUAAUAGCUCAUGCGUGUUGUAUGUACUGGUGACGCGUCGCGGUUGCCCGUGAAAGAUAGCGAAAACAGGUGAGGCACCAAAGGGCUCGUGCGCUGUAUUUAAAAAAAAGGUUUGGGUGCUGGGUUGUUGUUUCUAGCUGCCGGUGUGGUGUCGUUUGCGGCUCCCGCCGAUGUGGCUCGGCCAAAGUGACUCAUUGGAUCCCACCUUCGCUUCUGUCGUCACUGGCGUGGAUUCAAGGCAUGGAUUGUGGUGCAGAAUAAAAACUUGGUUUACUGAUUUUGGA